AUGGCGAGCAGAACACGAAACCUUUUCCUUGUGUUUUCCUGUUUGCUACCUUUGUUGGGUCCAUCAUAUUCGAAGCUAGCUGAUAAAUUAUUCCAUGGGAAAGAACUCAAAGACGGGGAUGAACUAGUUUCAGAUAAUGAAAACUUUAUAAUACGAUUCUUCCAGCUUGCAGGAAUAGCUUACCUAGGAAUAUGGUACAACAGAAACAAUGAGAAGCCAGUUUGGGAUGCUAAUCGAAGCAAUCCAAUUGCUGACAAAUGUAGUGUUCUUACUAUAGAUGAUUAUGGGCACUUGAGAAUUUCAUACAUUGGGUAUCAGUCUAAGAUACUAUGUUCAGUUCAAGGUGAAAGUAAUACUAGUGCUAUUCUAGUGGAUAUUGGCAAUUUUGUACUGUACGAAGGGAAUUCAGAAGGGUCUGAGAAGCGAGAUUUGCGGCCAAACACUACUGACACACAUGCACCAGGAAUGAAAGUUGGAGUAAACAAUAGAACAGGACGUUCUUGGCCUACAACACCAAAGAGAAACCGUGAUGUCCCUGACUUAGGAUCCUUUACCCUUAACAAUAGAAACCAACUGGUCAUCUUGUGGCGAGUGACAACAAUUGUUCCUGGGUUGACUUUGGAUAUACAUUUGACACUCGCGCCGGCACCGGUGAGAUUUAGCGCAGAGAUACAAGUUUUAGAAGUAAUCGUUCAGAUGGUUUGCGAGAGUUAUGCGUCCCUGAAUCCAAAGGGAAAAUUGGUCAAUGAGCAAGAAAUUGCCAUAAAAAGACUUUCCAGAAAUUCUCGACAAGACUCUACAAAAAGGAGGUAUUUAAAUUGGAAGAAACAUAUCAACAUCAUUGAAGACAUUGCUCAAGGGCUUGUUUAUCUUCAUAAAUAUUCAAAGCUUAAAGUAAUUCAUCAAGACUUAAAAGCAAGCAACAUUUUACUUGAUGAUAAGAUGAAUCCAAAAAUAUCUGAUUUUGGCCUAGAUAUAAAAUUUGGUUUAAAGGAAUCAGAACAAAGGACAAAUAGACCUAUUGGAACUUUCAGUUAUAUGGCUCUGGAGUAUGCUAUGAAUGGUAUUAUCUCAACAAAAGUUGAUGUAUUCAGUUAUGGAGUCCUACUAUUAGAAAUUUUGACUGGCAAGAAGAAUAACAAUCUUUAUUAUUCAGAUCACCCACUCAAUCUUAUAGGGCAUGCAUGGCAAAUGUGGAAUGAAGGUAGAGGUAUAGAGCUAAUUGACACAACAUUGAAUGAAUCAUGCUCUUCAAAUGAAGCAUUGAGAUGCAUUCAUAUUGGUCUCUUGUGUGUACAAGACAACGCAGCAGAUAGACCCGCCAUGCAAGAUAUUAUUUGCAUGCUUUUCAAUGAAACCAUCCAACUACCUACCCCUAAACAACCAGCAUUUUUCAUGAAGACAGUCGUAGAAGAGCCAAUGGUAGCCAAAAUGAAGAAGGAAGGCUUUUCCAUCAAUGAUGUUUCAAUUUCAGGGAUGGAUCCUAGAUAA